GGUUCAAUAAUGCCUUCCUUUUUGGGAUCCACUCUCUUGAUUAGGAGUCGAGCUUGCAAUAAGAGCUGCCUCUGUUUACAAUCCUGUUGUUGCUUUUUUUUCGUCUUCGGGCCGGCCAGCGAUUAUUGGUACGAACCUGACAUUCUUUUUCUUUUCCAUGACAUCGCCCUGACAGUUUGACAGUUUAAAGCCACUGAAUCUUCAACAUGCUUUGCCCAUGCGCUAAAUCGUACUUCAUGGUCGAAGGACUCCAAACGGAAAGACCGCGCCUUGUUCGCUCCAGAUUCCAACAAUUUCCAUCUUCACAUUCACGGGCUCCUCUGCCAAUGCAGGUUCGUGCCCAGUCGGCGAAGGAACACAUCCAGAGAAGCGAAUAUGAACAAGACCAAGAAGCAAAAGCAUGCUCGUAUGGGCCAGGGUCACAUAUAAGGUCUAGACCAGGGUACGACCGGAGAGGCUAUGGCCAGCCUCGAGGAAUAAUGAAGGCCCCCACGGAAGAGUUUCCAUUCAACUAUGAUGUCCCGCGCCGAUCUCGAAGGAUUCUGAGAUCGAACACAGACGACAGAGCAGAGAGCAUCCGCGUCGAAGUUGGCAGAAACUCUAGUCGAAGUCCCAGUCCUGAAGCCCCCGUAUCUGACGUGGUGAAGAUCCGCGUUUACAGACGAGACGGAAAUGCAACUCAAAUUCACCGGAAGGGUAUCAAAACGGAGGAGGUUCGUCUGAGUAAGGGCGAUGUUGUCGUCCGCGCCAGGGCGGAAGCUUCGAAGACACAGAACUUCGAACCAACUCCGGAGUGGGAUAACACCCCAGAGUCGCAAUGGUAGUCGCGCUCCCUUUGCGACAGUUGUAUUAGAUUGGGUGGGGAAAGUCAAUUGCUGCAUACGUGGGCUGUGGCGCCAUCCUUUGUUAAAAGUCCUUCAUUGUUAUGGGCGAGUUUAUUUGUGUUUUCGCUUCUUUUGUGGCUUCUGAUUCGCAUUGUUU